AUGUUGAAGGACGACAACGAGAACCGUAUGCUUCGAGACGCUUUGCAGAAUUUGCCACGACUAUUGGGUGUGGAAAGCAGGAUGCCAGAUCCUCGGGAAAUGUCUAGGGUACUGCCACCAAGUGAACGGGCAUGGUCACAGAAUUCCUUGAGCACCGUAGCGCAGAAGAUUUUGGUGGAGCCUCCCCCGUUGGAUGGAGGGGAGCGCGAAGCGACACGUCAUUUCUGGGCUCUGCUGCAGUCCGCCUGUCUCGCGGGCCAUGCUGAGCGACUGACGCAUAUUCACGGCGAAUACAUGGAACUGAAUAGCUGGCGUGAUGCCGCAGCCUCCUGCCUUGCUAAUUAUGACGAGGGUUUCCCGUCUCUGCAACACCUCUCGCUCAGUUUUAACGACUACGAACAUUCCGACGAGGCAACCGACUACAUUGGCGGCAUCAUCGCCGAUGCGCCGUCACUGCACUCUCUCCUCUUGUACUUCGACAAUGGUGAUUAUAUGCCUUUCUGCGAGUUAGUCUGGCCCGAUGUGGAAUUGCACCAUCUCCGAAGCCUAUCACUUUUUGGCUUGUGCGUAACCGAGACCCAGUUGCGCGACGGUCUAGGAGCGUUUCGCGGAACUCUCCGCUCCCUUGAGCUGGCGGACAUUUCCUUUGUUCCGGGCUCCUGGGUUCUCUUCUUCAGAUUUCUGAGCAAGGAAAUGACCUUGGAUCAUGUGAAAUUGUAUGAAUUCUUUACCAACUAUCGCGACGAGGCAUGGGUCGCUCGUGAUGAAAGGCAAAGCCCGUUGCCUGCCUUGGCUGGGGCAUCAGCACGGGAUUCUCGUAAAUACUUGGUAUAUCGCAUUGAGCGCUUUAUCACAGGCCGUGGUCGAUACCCCGAUCCGUUCACCCCGCGGAAGAAACGAGACGGGGACUUGGAAAAAUACGGUUACAGUUUACCAUGGGCAUUUAAGCAAGAUAGGUCAUGGUAUCACGCGGACACUGUGUGGAGUGCUAGGGAAUGGGAAAAUACAUACCCGUUGGCAACUAAGUGGACCCUUCCUACUUAA